CGAAGGCAGUGAGUGAGAGAGUGCCGUUGUGUUUCGGCCAUCAUAAUUCCAUUUACUUCCUUUUUUUAGACCGUUUGAUGCGCCGGUGACUGAUCGGAGAGAUGCCGAAUCCCCGUACAGCAAGAAGCGGCAGCGGAGGAGGUUUUGGAUUUACAGUUAGAUUAUUGGCCUUUGCAAUUACGGUUGCAAUCUGUUUCUUCUUUGCUCUAUCGUUCUUCUUCACUUCCCACACUCACUCUCCUCAUCUCCAAACCAACUUUGGUUUCCCCACUGGAAUUGGAUCCACGAGGAGGUCCGUUUUAGCACUUAAAUCGGAUCCGCUAAAGCCCCGACUGGAUCAGAUCCGGAAGCAAGCCGACGACCACCGCUCUCUUGUUCUUGCCUACGCCUCUUACGCUCGGAAAUUAAAGCUCGAAAACUCAAAGGUCGUCAGAGUUUUCGCUGAUCUAUCACGAAACUACUCGGAUCUCAUUAACAAGCCAUCUUAUCGGGCUCUCUUUGAAGCCGAUUCGCUCUCCAUUGACGAGACGGUGCUCCGGCAGUUUGAGAAAGAAGUCAAAGAGCGGAUCAAAGCAACCCGCCAAAUGGUCUCGGAAGCCAAGGAAUCUUUUGAUAACCAACUCAAGAUCCAGAAAUUGAAAGAUACGAUCUUUGCCGUCAAUGAGCAGCUGACAAAAGCGAAAAAGCAAGGCGCAUUUUCCAGCCUCAUCGCUGCCAAAUCAAUCCCUAAAAGCUUACAUUGUUUGGCAAUGAGAUUGAUGGAGGAACGGAUCGCACAUCCUGAGAAAUAUACAGAUGAAGGGAAGCCGAUUCCUCCUGAAUUCGAGGACCCUAAGCUUUAUCAUUAUGCCAUUUUCUCCGAUAAUGUACUUGCAGCAUCCGUAGUGGUCAAUUCAGCCACGAAGAAUGCCAAAGAGCCAUGGAAACACGUUUUCCAUGUGGUGACUGACAAGAUGAAUCUCGGAGCAAUGCAGGUUAUGUUUAAAUUGAAAGAUUAUAAUGGGGCACAUAUUGAAGUUAAAGCAGUUGAGGAUUAUAAGUUUUUGAAUUCAUCUUAUGUUCCGGUGUUAAGACAGCUAGAAUCGUCAAAUUUGCAGAAGUUUUACUUCGAGAACACUCUUGAGAAUGCGACUAAAGAUACAACUAACAUGAAGUUUAGGAACCCCAAGUAUUUGUCUAUCUUGAAUCACUUGAGGUUUUAUUUACCCGAGAUGUACCCCACAUUGCAUAGGAUCUUGUUUUUGGAUGAUGAUAUUGUUGUGCAAAAGGAUUUGACAGGGUUGUGGAAGAUUGAUAUGGAUGGGAAAGUGAAUGGGGCGGUGGAGACUUGCUUUGGGUCUUUCCAUAGAUAUGCACAGUAUAUGAAUUUCUCACAUCCUUUGAUUAAGCAGAAGUUCAACCCCAAGGCUUGUGCCUGGGCUUAUGGGAUGAAUUUCUUUGAUUUAGAUGCUUGGAGGAGGGAAAAAUGUACAGAGGAAUAUCAUUACUGGCAGAAUCUCAACGAGAAUCGGACCUUGUGGAAAUUGGGAACAUUGCCUCCCGGUUUGAUCACAUUUUACUCCACAACGAAACCGUUGCACAAGUCUUGGCAUGUACUUGGACUCGGCUACAAUCCAAGCAUUAGCAUGGAUGAGAUCAGCACUGCCGCGGUGGUGCACUUCAAUGGUAACAUGAAGCCAUGGCUUGAUAUUGCCAUGAACCAGUUCAAGCCUCUUUGGACCAAGUAUGUGGACUAUGAUUUGGAGUUUGUCCAGGUCUGCAAUUUCGGUGUCUAAAUAAAAACAUCAUCUUUGAAGCAUCUGUACUGGUAAUAUGCUACAGAUCUAGCUUUACGACAAGAAUUUCAUCUCAGCAUCUGCGUUUUCUUACACGUUAAUUCAAGCGUCCUUAUUCCGCGUGGAAGAAAAUUGGUAUAUAUUCUUACUAUAGCACACUUGUCAUAUUAAUUUUAGAAUUUAUUGUUUAAAAAUAUUCUGCAUAUGUUUAACUGUUCAAAUUAUCCUGCAAUGAUAAAAUGAUGGAAAAGAGUUUUGUUGA